UAUGGUUGUGUCCUGCCAUUACGCCAUUUCCGUCUUCCGGUGUCUUCUUCCGGAGUCAGUCGUUCGGUUUCCCGGGCAACUGCAGACGGGUGAACGAUCGUUUUCUUCCCCUCUUUUGGGCUCAUCUUGAUCCUGCGACGUGCAUCAGAUUUCAGCAAUGUCCACCCCUCCUCUCGCAGGAGCAGGCAUGCCCCCUGGACCAUUUUCUGGCCCCCAGUCUCAAGCCGCUCGGGAGGUGAACACUGCAUCUCUCUGUCGCAUUGGCCAAGAGACUGUGCAGGAUAUUGUAUUUCGCACCAUGGAGAUCUUCCAGUUACUGAGAAAUAUGCAGCUUCCAAAUGGCGUAACCUAUCAUACGGGGACAUAUCAAGACAGGCUAGGGAAACUGCAAGAGCACCUCCGCCAACUCUCAAUACUAUUUAGGAAGCUGAGAUUAGUGUAUGACAAAUGCAACGAGAACUGUUCAGGGCUUGAUCCUAUUCCCAUAGAGCAACUCAUUCCUUAUGUUGAAGAAGAUGGUUCCAAGCACGAUGACCGUGGAGUAGCCAGUCAGCUUCACUUUGCUAGCGAAGAGAGAAGGGAAAUCAUGGAAGUGAACAAGAAACUGAAACAGAAGAAUCAACAGCUGAAGCAAAUUAUGGAUCAAUUACGGAAUCUCAUUUGGGACAUCAAUGCCAUGUUGGCAAUGAGAAACUAAAAUAUGGGGGUGGGGUUUCUCAUGACAACUGAUUUUUUAUCUUUUUGGGGAAAAUAAGUGUUUUGCAAGAAUCCUCCCUCCCAACUUUAUUUCAUAUUGUAUAAAUGUUUUUUUUUUAAAAAUAUAUAUUUACCCACUUUAUGUGUGUAAAAACGAGUAGUGUUGGAUGCAGUAUUUGUAAACUAUUUGCUAGAAGCUGAUUAAAAAGAUGUUGAAGA